CAUUUUGUUUCUCGACUUAUCGCUAACUUCACCGACUUUUAUGUCAAAAGAAAAGUCAAAACUGAAAGCAAGUGUAGUGCUGUGUUGUGUUUUGUGGUCGUAAACUUUUAUUUUUAGCAGAUGUUGAACAGAUAUUCAAAUUGUCCAAGUUUCAGAAGUUUUUUUGAUAACAUGAUCACCGAUCCAAUUCGGAGGAGUAGGUUUCCGUUGUCCUAACAGUCGGUGAGAAUGGCCGUCUCGGCAUCAGACAUCGAAGACUUUAUGAGCGGCCCUCUAGUUUCGUGGCUAAAAUCAUGUCAUCCGAACCCACAAUGCAUCACAGAAUACUCCUCCCUGUUCGACGGGGACAUUAUCCACCAGGCCUACCUCCAGAUAGACCCGGAGCCUUCAUUCCACAUCACCAAGCUGGACGGACUAGAGGACCAGGCAUUACUGCUGGGGAGGGUGAAGAACUUUGACGCUAUAGUGAAGAAUGUGCAGGCAUUGUAUGAAGAGGAGCUGGGCAUGACGCUGCUGGUGGUGCCGGAGUGCGUGAGCCUUGGCCGCGCGCCGGAGAGCCACGCUGGGCUCGAGCAUAUGCGCCUGCUGCUGCUGCUGCUGCUCGGCGCCGCCGUGCACUGCCCCAACAAGGAGCUCUUCAUCACAAGGAUCAAGGAGCUGGACGUCGACCUGCAGCAUGCCAUCGUCGAGUGCAUCAAGCAGGUGACGGACACGCAGACGGUGGCGCUGCCGGCGGAGGCGGCGGAGUCCCCGGCCGUGUUCCAGCACAUGCGGCGCCUGGCGCGCGAGCGGGACCUGUACCUGCGGCGCUGGGCGGCGCUAGUGGCGGGGGGCGACGCGGGGGACGCGGGGGGCGUGGGGAGGGACGCGCUCCCGGCCCCCGACUCGCAGCAUCUCGCGGUGGAGCUCGCCGACUGGAAGGCGAGGCUCAGGAAACAGAGGCAGGAGCUCGAGGAGAAGUCGGAGCAGCUGGCGGAGUGCCGCUCGGAGCUGGCUCACGCCGCGGCGGUGGCCACGCGGCUGCGCGCCGACGCCGCCGCGUGGCAGGCCGAGGCGCGCCGCGCCGCCGCCUUGCGCGACGAGCUGGACGCGCAGCGCGAGCGCGCCGACCGCGCAGACAGACUCGAGCAAGAAAUAGAAAAGUACCGCUCGCGGCUGUCGGACGCGGAGUACUACAAGUGCCUGGUGGGCGAGCUGCGCGACGACAACCGCGCGCUGCUGGAGGCGCGCGAGCAGCUGGAGGAGCAGCUGGCGGGGGCCGGGCGCCGCGCCGCCGCCGCCGCCGCGCUGCAGGCCGCGCUGCUGCAGGCGCGCCGCGACGCCGCCGACCGCCAGCUGGAGCGCGACGCGGCCCAGCAGAAGCUCCAAGAGCUGAUGGAAGAGAAUAACCAGCUCCAAUACGUGACUAAAUGCAUGCUGAGCGAGAGCCAAGGCGGGGCCGAUCCGGACGAGGGGGGGGCUACUCCGGAGGCAGCCGACACGAGUCUGAGUGAGCAGCUGUCGUCGCGCCGCGCGUUGAGGCUGGAGCUGGAGUGCAGGCGCCUGCGCGCCGCGCUGGCCCGGCUGCAGGACGAGCCGCCGCCGCCCGACCAGGUGGUGGAGCUAGAGACGGAGAACAAGAAGCUGAAGCUGAAGUGCGAUCAGCUUGAUUCGUCGUGCGAGCGGCUGCGGGCGCAGGCGGCCGAGCUGGACCAAGUGUUCAAGAACGCACUCGACGAGAACGCCAAGUUGCAGGACGCACUGGACAGUAAGCAGGCGCUCAUAGACAAGCAAGCCGUGGACAGGGAGGCCGAGAAGAACAAGCUGCAAGACUUCGAGAAGCAUCUGGAAGCACUUACCAAAGAUAAACAGAGGAUCCAGAUGUUGUGUGAUUCGAUCCAGCGGCGCGCGGACGAGCUGGAGAAGACUCUAGACGCGAGGAGCAAGGAGCUGGCGUUCGCGCGCCCUGAGGCGGACCGUCUGCCGCCCUUGCUUAUAGAGCUCGAGGAACUCAAGACCAAGCUCACCUACAGCGAGAAGGAAACACACAAUCUACAGAGAGAAGUGUAUAAGUUAAGGGAAGCGGUUGAAGAAAAGGACGUCUCCCUCGAUAAGGUUACUACAGAAAUAGAGUUGAAGAGAAGAGAAAUCGAACGACUGACGAAGGAAAUAGAAUCGGCCAACAAUAUGGUCUGCAAGCUGCAGGACUUCGAGCAGAAGGCGAAGGAGCUCAAGUCGCAGAAGAAGAUGGACAGCGAGACCAUACAGACCUUGCAGAAAGACUUGAUCGCCGAGAAAGUGAACUUCGACAAAGUCAGGAAUUGCAUAGCGAAGUUAGGAAUCAAUGUGACGGAGCUGGCGACCAGGGACCUGGGAGUAGAGGAGUUAUUGGAGCGAAUCCUCGGCAACUCCGAGCACGAGGCGAUCAUCGCGCACCUCGCCGCCGCGCCCUGCGACUGCACGGAGAGGGAACAAUCCGCGGAGUCUACCGCGACUGACCCGCAUGUAGAGCAGCUGACGGCGGAGCUGACGGCGGCGCAGGCGGCGCUGGCGGCGGCGCAGGGCGAGUUGGCGGCGCGGCAGGUGGCGGCGGCCACGGCGGCGGCGCGCGCCGGCUCGCUGGCGGCCCAGCAGCACACGCUGCAGCUCGCCAACAGCCAGCUGGCGGCGGAGAAGGAGGAGCUGGCGGCGCGCCUGUCCGCGCUGGCGGCGGCGCACGGCGCGGCGCAGCGGGACACGGCGGCGCUGCAGCGGCUGCACGAGGCGCUGGCGGCGCAGUACGAGGCGCUGGCGGCCGAGCGCGAGCCGCUGCGCGCCGCCGCCCGCGACCUGCGCGCCGAGAUCCGGGACUUGAAGGACAGCUUGGCUGCGAGCGAGAAGAAGGUCGCCGACCUCGAGGCCGAGAAGGAAAACGUCAAGGUCGAGGCGAGGAAUUUAACCAACCUGCGCGCCGAACAUUCGAAACUGAAGGACGACUUCAGGAACUUGUUCACGGCGAGCGACCGGCUGAAGAGCGAGUACCGCGGCAUGCAGGAGCAGUGGCGCGCGGCGCGGGACGAGGCGGCGGCGGCGCGGGGGGCGGCGGCGGCGGCGCGGGGGGAGGCGGCGGCGGCGCGCGCGGCGGCGGCGGCGGCGCGGGGCGAGGGGGAGCUGCUGCGCGACGUGAACGCGGCGCUGGAGGGCGACCGGCGCGCGCUCAUGGAGCACGCCGCCGCGCUGCUGGCGCAGUACCACGAGCUGCUGGCGCACGCGCUGGCCGACCAGCAGCACUACCACCGCGAGGAGCGCCUGUUCGCCGACCGCCUGCACGCGCUGUGCCGCCAGAAGGAGAAGCUGGAGGAGAAGAUCAUGGAGCACUACCGGCGCCUGGACUCCAGCCCGGGCAAGCGGCGCGGCUUCGGCGCGGCGCUCGUGCAGCGCGUGCGGCGCGCCGGCUCCGAGCUCAUCCGCGCGGGGCGGGGGGCGCGCGGGGCGGGGGGCGGGGGCGCGGGGGGGGACGCCGCGCCCGGCUCGGGCUCCGACUCGGACCACACGGCGCGCUCGGACCCCGCGCAGGACGCGGCGGACGGGCUGUCGGGCUCCGUGUCCGCGCCCAGCCUGGACUCGCUGGAGCCGCCCGCGCGCCGCCUGUCCGCCAGCUCCGUGCCGGGUGCGGGGGGGCGGGGCGGGGGGGACGCGGCGCUGCUGCGCGCCUCGCUGCGCCGCCCCGCGCCCCCCACGCACCGCGCCAGCUACCAGGGGCCGCCCGCCGACGACCCACUCACGCCGCCAGUGUCGACGCCGUCGCCGGUGUUCGGGUCGGCGGGGUCGCGGCGCACCGUGUACGUGGCGGACCUCGCGCCCCCCGCGGCCCCCGCCGCGCCCCCCGCUCCCCCCGCCGCGCCCCCCGCGCCCGCCGCCGCACCCCCCGCGCCCGCCGCCGCGCCCCCCGCGCCCGCCGCCGCCAGCACGCCGCUCAAGGACGCGCCCACCUACCUCGUGUACAACCGCAUCUCCACGGUCAUCGGCGCGCCCGACGCCUCGCCCGACCAGUCGCCGGACCAGUCGCCCGACGCGCCCGCGCCGCCCGCCGACCGGACCGACAACUCGAAGGAGUCCGCUAUCUGGUACGAGUAUGGCUGCGUUUGAAAACUUAUUCUUUUAAAGGGUCCCACGCCUGCCGUCAAGCUUGCAGAA